AAAAAUGAAAAAGAGGGAAAAUUAGGAAAAAGCCCCAUCGAUAUUUUACUAAUAUCUGACCAGAAUAACCUCAUGUGAGUCCCAUUACCCGUCCAUAAAUAUGGGCUUCCAACAAUGCAAUUCUUCCCUUUUCUCCUUCUAAUCUCACUCUUUAUAUAUUUGGAAGAUUUUUUUUAUUCUUUUUUUUUUGGUUAAGCCAGGAUGUCUACAAUUCAUCCGGUUUUAUCAUGUGAACCGGGUCAAACAACCCAUGUCCCAGCUUUCGAAACCGGGUUCACUCCAUGGGACAACUCACACCUCUUCUCGGUCUUCGACUCAUCAAUGAAUAAAAUAACUCACUCGGUUCAUGAGUACCUAAGCCCUGAUUCGGUAAACCGGUCUGGUCCAGACGUUGUUGCAACAGAUAGUUAUACAGAUGAGCGGAGAAAGAAACGGAAGUUAUCGAACCGGGAAUCGGCUAAGCGGUCAAGGGUGAAGAAACAAAAGCACUUGGAGGAGAUGAAUAUCCAGCUAAACCAGCUCAAGAUUGAGAACCGGGAAUUAGAAAACCAGAUCCGGUACGUUAUACAGCAUUUUCAACGAACAGAGACGGAGAAUAAUCGUCUGCGUCUUGAACAACGUUUGCUCCAUAGUACGUUGUUGAACAUCAGACAAGUUUGGAUGUUACAUCAGAUCGACCGGAGCUCAGACUAUGUCACAUGGCCUUACGAUGAAAAUACUCGUGUUACGGUCCAACAUGAUCCAUCGGUCAUAACAAAUCAUAUCAUCUUAUAGUUUGUGAUUUCUGAAAUUGAUUUCGACUUUAGUAAAACGAGAAUACCUUUGUAAAAAAGUUUUUAUAAAAAAUGCAUGCAUGAUCUCUCUUGUAACGUUAACAAAUUAAAUCUCGUU